AGUCUGGGAUCAUAAGACAUAAAAGAAAUAGAUUCUCGCGCUAUCCUAUCAGCCGCUCUAUUCGCCUCUCUCGGAGUGUACACAAAAUUAAUCUCCUCAAAAUGAUGCACUCUUCCCCGAAUGUCUUGUAGACCUGGGGAGAUACUUGGCCAUUCUUCGUGUGUCUUCAGAAUGUCUAUGAGAGACUUGGCAUCAGACUCGAAGAUUACCUUCGUGUAUCGGAGGUUGCUGAUCAUCGAUACCGCCCAUCUCAUAGCUUCCAGUUCAGCCUCAAGGACAGUCUUCACCCUUGGUAAUGCUCGAGCUCCUGACCAGAUCAUGUGACCUUGAUCGUUACGAAGUAUCCAACCAAUGCCACAACUUUGUCCGUCUGCAGUCCAAGAAGCAUCGGUGUUACAUUUGACCCACUCCGAAGCUGGGGGUAUCCACUUUACUCUCCCAGAGUUUGUGGGAUGCGGAACUGGAUGGGGGCAUUGCUGUAGCUCAAAAGCCUCCCGCCUUUCCUACUCCUCUGUAUCUUCUAAUGCCUUUGCGACAACCUCUUGAGCGGAGAACUCCUUGGCUUUAAAUGAUAAUUCAUUCCUGUUUUUCCACAAUCUCCAUAGGAGCCAAGGGAUAAGGCUCGGUUCUUUGUGCAGCGAAGGUCUCUCUUGUUCUAAGUUCAGGACCCAAUACAGAUUGGAAUAAAGGGAGUUGGUCCUACUUGACACUUUCUAAAACGCUUCUCCAAUUCAAGUUCAGAGAGAGUUUGUUACACAGCUCCUUCAACGAUGAGUCAGCUCGCGCUAGCAAGAUCCGGUGGUUACACCGCCGCCGUCAAGUUCCUCCCUAUGCUUUCCGCUGCUGUUCCCAAGAUACUAUCGUCCCUCGCCGCCGCCUCCACUACCACCUCCGUCCGCAACUUCAGCUCUACCGGAAGUCCUCUCACCAGUUACCAAAUCAAGAAGCCGUCACCGUCUCCGAUGAAAUCCUUUGCCUCCAGGUUUCUUCAUCAAUCUUCCGGAGCUACUCCGCCGCAACAAUUCUCCGGCGUUCGCAACUUCUCCUCUCCCAGCAGUUCUUACGACAGCUACCACAUUAGUCCGCCGUCUAACUGGGGGAUCAGAAUCGUGCCGGAGAGGAAAGCUUGUGUGAUUGAGAGGUUUGGUAAAUACGUCAAGACUUUGCAGUCAGGGAUUCACUUCCUUGUUCCGCUUGUGGAUCGUAUUGCUUAUGUUCAUUCUCUUAAGGAGGAAGCUAUUCCUAUUGGUAAUCAGACUGCGAUUACAAAGGAUAACGUUAGCAUUCACAUCGAUGGUGUUCUAUACGUUAAGAUUGUGGAUCCUAAGUUGGCCUCUUAUGGCGUUGAGAAUCCAAUCUAUGCUGUUGUUCAGUUGGCUCAGACUACAAUGCGUAGUGAGCUUGGGAAAAUUACUCUUGACAAGACUUUUGAGGAACGAGAUACUCUUAAUGAAAAAAUUGUGGAAGCCAUCAAUGUUGCUACACAAGAUUGGGGUCUUCAGUGCCUUCGUUAUGAGAUCAGGGAUAUCAUGCCUCCUAAUGGAGUGAGAGUUGCUAUGGAAAUGCAAGCUGAAGCUGAACGUAGAAAGAGAGCCCAGAUUCUUGAGUCUGAAGGAGAACGGCAAGCCCAUAUCAAUAGAGCUGAUGGUAAGAAAAGUUCUGUAAUCUUGGAAUCAGAAGCUGCAAGGAUGGAUCAAGUCAAUCGAGCACAGGGUGAAGCCGAAGCAAUAUUAGCUAGAGCACAAGCAACAGCUGAUGGACUGGCCAUGGUGUCUCAAUCCCUCAAGGCAACUGGUGGAAUGGAGGCUGCGAGUUUGAGAACUGCGGAGCAAUACAUUAAUGCUUUUGGCAACAUUGCUAAAAAGGGUAACACAUUGCUGCUUCCGAGUGCUGUUGACAAUCCUGGUAGCAUGAUCGCUCAAGCUUUAACAAUGUACAAAUCCCUUGUCAAGAAUGGUGCCAACAGUGGUUUCACGGAUAAUGCAGCAUCAGAAUCCUCUACCAAUGACAACAAACUUGAAUAGAAGCUAUGGUAGCUGAACUAGGGAACCAUAAUUCUUUUGACAUGUGAAGGCUUAUAGCCAUAAUCAGCUUCUUUUUUUUUUUUUACUUUUCAUAUAUGAAACAGUUAUCUUACCUUAUAACCAUUUUGCAAACUAGAAAACAGAUCUAAACUCAAUUGUCUAAAAGAGGUUUUGCACCAGAUUUGGUCCUUAGUGUUUGCUUCUUUAUUUCAA